AUGGCAUCCUUGAAUUUUCCAGCCUACGGCAGUCUCUACUUCUCGAAUGCGCCAAUAGAGUCGAACUUGAAGAUUCCCUUGGAUCAUGAAUACUGUAUCGGACCGAACUGCAAUUCAGUCUUAUGGAACCAAAAUCCCGGUGAACCCGAACUCUACGGCCGCCCCAGCACCAACUGCGGUCCCUGGGAAAAUCUUACAAGCUAUUGUCAAGGCUUGAUUGAGACUGGCUUCUCGCGUUUGCCCAAGAAACCCAUCACCCAUUCUCUCCCUCACCAAGGGUCCGUUGAAGAACAUGGCGCUGCUGCUCCUACCCUACUCCAUCCCGAUUUCCACAUGAGGAAUAUCUUCGUGUCAGCCGACGAUCCUACCAUAAUUACUGGCCUGAUAGACUGGCAAUCAACAAGCGUUGAGCCUGCGUUUAUUUAUGCCAACGAGACGCCUGAUUUCGCUGCACCUCCCGAGGAACCAGAGGAAGAAAUGCCGGAGAGCGGCCUGUCGGAACAAAAGUCACCGGAGAUGCGGGAGCGAGAGCGGAAAGAUGCUUUGAUCUGCUAUCAGACAUACGAUGUGUACAUGAAGGGGCUCAUUCCCAAGGUGCUCGAUGCAAGACGACUCGACUCGUCUCUGUUUCGAGUCUUUCACUAUUGUCACACGUCCUGGAGGGACAGUGCUGCAGCAUUUCACCAAGAAUUAAUCGAGCUUUCUGCUCGCUGGACAGAGUUAGGGCUGCAGGGCGCGUGCCCCUUUUCUGCGACUGAACAGGAACUGAAGGAGCAUGCUCAAAACUACGAGGAUUUUGAGACGGUUCAAAGACUUAAAUCAUGGUUAAGAUCUGCGCUCUAUACAGACUCGGACGGGUGGGUUUCCAACGCUCAGUGGGAGGCUGCAAAAGAUGCGCAUCGCGCAGUGUACGACCAAUGGAUAGAGACGGCUAGAGAACUCGAGUCGGAUAGCGAGGGCUUGACAGUGGAAAAGGCGGACAAGCUGUGGCCAUUUGACGCGAGAUGA